AUGGAUCCCCUAACAAUCACCGCUGCUGUGUUGAAGAUAACAGCGGUCGGCGUGAGGACCGCGACCGCCCUGAACGCACUCCGAGGCCACUACAAGAAUGCGUCAAUCACUAUCGGCAGUCUUUGCUCGGAAACAACCAUCAUUGGCGCAUCGCUCUCGCAAGUCCAGACCCUCUUCCUCCAAGAUAUCAACGGCCGGUCGGAUCAGAUCAAAUCAAGACCCGAUCUUGUAGCCACAUUCGAUAUCGCGUUGACCGGAUGCAUGGUCGUAUUCUCUUGCCUCGACGAAGAGGUACGGAAUCUGACUAUGGGUACCAUGGACGCAAAAAGCGUGAAUUGGAAAAAGAGAGCGCGGGCGGUGUGGAAAGAAGACACAAUGAGGGAACUGUUGUCGCAGAUUCGAGGUCAACAGACGGCGUUGACUCUCCUGGUCCAACUUCUGCAAAUGACAUCCAUCAACGAAAUGGGACAGAUGCUCCGUCAGAAUAACGCUAUGAUCAGGAAGGUUGCAGAAGACGCAGAAUCUCUCCGCGCAGCGAAUCCCACUGUCAAUGCACCGGAAUCAGUCUUCGAGCAAGACAGCUCUCGUAACAGCAUCUUCGAAAUAUUUGAUGACAACGCUUCCCAGAUCACUCGGUUUGAGUUUGACAACAUUGUCCUACAGUCUCCUGCUUAUCGACGAUACGGUGGGAGGCGUCGAGUCGUCAAUCAACGUACCUACCCGGACAUGGUUGAUCUCAGGGACGCCAAUACCAUGAUCCACGAUCCGAUGGAAACAACAGAUAUCAACGAAGGUGUACGCUCGCUUGAACUUGGAGCAGUGUCCACUGCGAAUACACAAACAUUAAUUUAUCACCCCAAACUACUCGCCGCUACCGAAGCGUCUGUCCCCCGCUAUUGUUUUACAAGGCACUUCUUCGACGUCUUCUGGUUCAUCAUCGAGUGCGACUUCGAAGAUAACAGUCAUUGGGAACUGCAGCGUUUCUACGAUGACUUUUACAAGCUUCAUAUCGCACUGCUCACCCACUUUCCCGUAGAGGCUGGCAUGUCAGGUAACGCUGAGCGAACUUUACCAUACUUGCCAGGUCCAGUCAACUACGUGUCCCAUACUAUUACUCAGGGCCGCAGGUUGGAUCUCAAUGAAUAUGUCAAGAACCUUCUUAAGCUGCCGUCUCACAUUACGCAUGGGACACUUGUCAAAACUUUCUUCGCCCCUCGUGAAGGAGACCACGAGAUUGAGACGAUCGACCCUCUCGACCACGUCGCCAGCGAAGGGGCUGCUGCUAUUGAAGACCUCAAAACUGAGCAGGCAGGCAAGCUCCGGAGUGCACUUCCGGAGACGUUGUCCUUGGAAGGCUUCAGAGCAUGGUCGGCCAUAGUUCGUAACAAGAAAGACAACGACGAGUUGAACUUGUCCAUACGUUGUUCUAUAAUAGACUUGAAGGUAGUAGGAGACCGCUGGUGGGGCCACAAUAAAAGGACUGGCGAGACUGGGUACUUCAAACGUGAAGACGUCUUGCUUCUAAUCCCAGUUUCUCGAGGUAUUACUGUGACUGCUAAAGAGACAUACACAACAGACAGUAACCAAAGACUAAGCUUUCAAGUAGGGCAAGUCAUUGAAAUCCAUGUUCGUGAUUUCAAUUCCCAGUUCUCUCUCAAUUAA